GACGACUUCGAGGGGGGCCUCCGCAUCUUCUGCACGAGCAGGCUGGAGCCCCCAGAGGCCUUCCAGGACGUGUGGCAAGUGAUCUCCGAGGAGUCGGACAUAAGCGUUGAGACACCCCUGCUCAGCCAGGACGACUCGGCCGAGCUGCACACGAUCCUGAUGUUCUGCAACCAAAACAGGUGCGAGGAGGUCAAGAGACUCUGCGAUAUCAUCACGAACAUAGACAUGGGCAGCAAGGACGCCCCGCCGAUGUUCUGGGUGCCCCACUCCGCUGCGCCCGAGAGCCAGGACGGGGGCGGCUCGGACUUCGUGAUUGCCCAGCUGGUGGGGGAACUCCUGCACAAGGGCCUUGACGGCAUCGUGAGCGGCGAGCCCGUUGGGCUGCGCCUCGCCAUGGCCGUGCGCUCGAUGAUCCGCAAGUCGGCGAGCCUCUCUCGGAAUUUGACCGACAUGAUCGCGGAGGCGCAAACGCGGAUGCAGUACGCGGAGCACCUGCAGAACUGCGCACACGCAACCUUGUGGGACUACGUCAGGGCCCGCAUGGCGCCCGAUAUCCCUCCGGUCGACGGCAGCCUCGAGCCCGGAGUGCCGCGGGAGAUUGACGGCUUUGCCGUCGGGAAGAAGCUCGGGCAGGGGAUGUUCGGGACUGUCUACAAGUUGACAAAGAGGGACGGUGUGGGGAACAGGGUCGAGGUUGUGAAGGUGAUGCUCACCGAAGGCAUCACGUUCAUCAGAGACCUGAUGUACCUCAACCGCAUGAUCCACGUGAUGACCAUUCUGAGUAAAGAGAAGCACCCAAACAUCAUUCGCUUGCACCAGACAUACCACUCGCCGACGCACAUCCUCUUCCGAAUGGAGUAUGGAGGCCCAGAGAACCUGUACCGCUUCCUGCUCCCCCGCCAGGCACAACAGCCAGAGAGGCAGCGAACAGUGACCAUCGACAAGGUCUCGAAGAUCUUUUCGCAGUGCGUCGAGGCGGUCUGGCACCUGCACGCUGUGGUGCGCGUCUGCCACCGUGAUAUCAAGCCGGAGAACAUCAUCGUCAAUGAGACACCCGAAACCGUCACCAUCAAGUUGGUCGACUUCGACCUCGCCAUCGUCAUCGAGGAGGAGAGCAAGAUGUGCUACAGCCCCUGCGGCACUGUGCCCUUCGCCGCCCCGGAGGUGUUGCUGGACGACCCCCCCUACGACCCCUUCCCGGCGGACAUCUGGAGCCUGGGCCUGGUGCUCAUGGAGGUGAUCUGCGGGGUGCGCGUGGUGGAGCUCGCGAUCGAGGAGGGCGCGGGACGGGAGUUGCAGUCAGAGGGCGAAGACACAUUGCUCGCCGAGAGCAUCCGGACCCUCUUCCGGAUGCCCGCCGCGGUGGCCGGCCUGCUGGAGCAGCGCUGCCGCCCAGAGCUCCGCUCUCUGUUGCCCCUCUGCAGCGCGAUGCUUACUGGGAUGUUGGCGGUCGACCCUGCUCAGAGGAUGGAGGCCGACGACGUCCGCUCCGUGGUGGAGCAGGGCCUCGCGCCUGUGCAGCCCGUCGCGCCCGCUGGGCCGCCGGCGCCCAGCGGCCGGCGGCGUCGCACCUCGCUGCGCGUCGUCUCACAGGGUGCCCCUGGAGCAGGCGGCACGCAGUGA